AUGCGCAAUCCAGGAGGUUUCCUCGAUUAUUCAGAGUCACGACAUGUUAAUUUGGGACCGGCAAACCAUCGCCGAAAUCUACGAGCUAAACUCCCUACGCUCAUCUUCUUGCUCCUCCCAAUCACAGAGAAUAGCGAACUUGCUCUAUUGUACCUACUCUUGGCCAUAAUGUAUUUCUUAGGCCAUGGGGUUUCGCGCAUUGCUCGCUCUUCGAUAUCAGUUUCAAAUGCUAGGACUCUGGCUACUUCUAAUUCAGGACUAUCAAGUCUUUUGACUAUUCAUCCUGAAGUAGAAGAUGCAUUGGCACACGGUCGCCCGGUUGUAGCGUUGGAAAGCACAGUCAUUACACAUGGUCUGGCUUAUCCACAGAACCUCAAAACUGCAAUCUCGUGCGAGGAGAAUGUGCGGAUGAAUGGAGCAGUUCCCGCUACGAUUGCGUUACUCGAGGGAAAACUUCAUGUUGGGCUAGAACGCAAGCAGCUGGAGGUAAUAGCUGAUGUAGAGAGUCUCAAGAAUGCAGGCAAAGCACCUGUCAAACUCUCUAGGCGGGACAUUGCACCAGCGAUGAGUCUUGGUCGAAAUGGAGGAACAACGAUAGCAGGUACUACAGUGAUUGCUCAUCUGGCUGGAAUCAAGGUCUUUGCUACGGGCGGACUUGGCGGUGUUCAUCGGGGCGGAGAGUCAUCUUGGGAUGUUUCUGCAGACUUAACCGAGCUUGGUCGCACGCCUAUUGCGGUAAUUGCUUCUGGCGCAAAGUCCAUACUCGAUAUCGGAAGAACGUUGGAAGUUCUAGAAACCCAAGGGGUUACAGUAGCUUCAUAUGAUAACAGUGGUGAUUGGCCUGCCUUUUUCACUCCACGCAGCGGAUACAAAGCGCCAUGGGCAUUCGACAACCCCAAAGAUGCUGCUAGGAGUAUCUAUUUUGCAGAGAAACUCGGAGUUCAAUCGGGUACAAUAUUUGGAGUCCCCAUUCCCAAAGAAUUUGAGUCGGUUGGACUCGAGAUUCAAGCAGCGGUAGACAAAGCAGUACUCGAAUCCGAAGCGAAUGGGAUCGCGCAAUCUGGCCGCGAUGCAACCCCUUGGUUGCUUAGCCGCGUUAGAGAACUUACCAAAGGACUUUCUAUUCCAAGCAAUGUCGCUUUGCUCGAAAACAAUGCGCGGAUUGGAGCUCGCAUAGCAGUCGAGUAUGCAAAACUCAAGGCUGACGGAGUAGGGGAAACAGCUUCUUCUUAUCAACCAGCACUUGCCAAUACACCAAUUAUCAAAACGCCGGCUCAGAACGCAAAAUCACCAUUGGUAGUAAUCGGAGCGGCUGCUAUGGACAUCACAGCACAGCCGAGUGUCUCUUCUAUAUCUGGUACUCAUUCAACAUCACCCGGAGUAGUGCACAUGUCGCCUGGAGGCGUUGCACGAAAUGUUGCCGAAGCUGCUCACCGAGUUUUACAAGUACUUUUGCCUGCAUCAAAAUUCGACUCAGAGAGACCCUUGUUGAUAUCUCCGGUUGGGCAAGAUGCAUUUGCAACUGCUUUAACUUAUGAGACGGAGUCUCGAGGAAUGAGGUCCGAUGGCCUCUUAAGGUUCUCGUCUCCUUCAGUACGGACUUCAGUGUGCAACAUGUUCUUGGAUGCCAAAGGUGACCUCCAGAUGGGCGUUGCUGACUUUAAUAGCAUAACGGGCAUUGAAGGCGGGCUGAACAAGGUUUUGGAAAGAUUAGAGGCAGCUGCUCCCAAAAUAGUUGCGAUCGAUGGUAAUGAGAGCUCGAGCACCAUUUCUUCUAUCAUCGAAAAGGCAAAAGUGUUGGGAUCUAUGACUUUUUAUGAGCCAACCUCAACAACUAAAUGCACUCGAAUUAUUCCCGCAAUCUCGAACAUGCUAGCCAAGGGGUAUCAAAGCCCUUACAUAACUGGAUCGUUCCCAAAUAUUAUCGAACUCCGAGCGAUGUGGGAACUUGCAAGAUCGGAGGAUGGGCCGAUCAACUCUUCAUACUGGUGGCAGGUCAUUGAUGGGUUCGGUUCGGACUUGCAUCGCAUCUUGGCUGCCCAGAUCAAGGGAGACAUGACCUUCUUAGUAAACGAUGGGAUUGUUCAAAUGGCGACUCAGCUCGUACCGUUUAUUAAGCACUUGAUCGUCAAAUGUGGAGUGGCACUAAUUGCGCAUAUAACCGACACAGAAAGUGCUAUGAACUGGGUUUCGGAGGGUUCUCAGUCACAAAAGCAACAGAUAGUUUCCCGUGGCUCAGACGGCUCGGUGCUUGUUGUUCGAUACUUCCCCGCACAUUCACUGAGCCAAGAUAGUCUGCAUAACGUCACCGGCGCAGGCAAGUAG